CAACAGGAGAGUAACAUCCCUCUUUGCUUGCAUUCCCUAGGCAGAGAGGUGAGUGUCUUUUCCUGCAGGAGAAAGGACAGAGUAUCACUGGUAUAGCCAGGACCAAUUAUGCAACUGCACUAAGGUCUAAUGAAGGGGAUGUUGGAGAGAAAAUGUUUAGGUGUUUGUUGACUACUUAGGGACUAUGUUUUUAAGCAAAGUUAAUUUACGGUAAAAAACAAGGACUGGUGUUACGGCACAGCUCUGUCGUGAUAUUCCUCGAGGUUACAACAGGAGAUUAAGAUUCCCGCGGGGUACCAGCUUGUAAAUCCUUCCACGCUUCGCAGCGCGCAUUUCAACGCCUGGACGCCAGCAUGCUUGGCUGCUGGCGAGCGUGAGAGGAGCCCGCGAAGCUUGGAGCGAACAGUCAGGCUGUAUAGAGCUGCGCUAUGAAGCUGUACGCUCCAGCUUUCAUUCUCCUGUGGAGUGCUGUCGGGAUAGUGAGGGCUGCCAAAAUUGUUGUCGUGCCGCCAAUUAUGUUUGAAAGCCAUCUUUAUAUUUUCAAGACUCUGGCAUCAGCUUUGCAUGACCAAGGUCAUCAGACAGUGUUUCUCCUCUCUGAGGGCAGAGAGAUUCCUCCAUCUAAUCACUAUAGACUUCAGCGCUACCCAGGGAUCUUUAACAGCAGCACCUCGGAUGAUUUUCUCCAGUCCAAGAUGAGGAGUAUCUUCUCGGGGAGGCUGACAGCUCUCGAACUCUUCGAUAUCCUGGACCACUAUUCCAAGAACUGUGACAUGAUUGUUGGCAACCGAGACCUCAUGCGCACCCUCAAACAGCAAAAAUUUGACCUGCUCCUGGUCGAUCCCAAUGAGAUGUGUGGAUUUGUUAUAGCUCAUCUUUUAGGAGUUAAAUAUGCUGUCUUUUCCACUGGCCUCUGGUAUCCAGCUGAAGUGGGUGCUCCAGCUCCCUUGUCUUAUGUCCCAGAAUUUAACUCGCUGCUCACAGAUCGCAUGAACUUCUUGGAGAGGAUUAAAAAUACUGUUGUUUAUAUUAUUUCAAGAUUUGGAGUCAGUUUUUUGGUUCUGCCAAAAUACGAAAGGAUAAUGCAGAAACACAAGGUUCUGCCAGAACGGUCCAUGUAUGACUUGGUUCAUGGAUCCAGCCUGUGGAUGCUUUGUACUGAUGUAGCACUGGAGUUUCCAAGACCUACGCUCCCCAAUGUAGUUUACGUGGGAGGAAUCCUAACCAAACCAGCCAGCCCUCUACCAGAAGAUCUCCAGACAUGGGUGAAUGGUGCUAAUGAAAAUGGCUUUGUCCUCGUCUCCUUUGGAGCUGGAGUGAAAUACCUGUCGGAAGAUAUAGCCAAUAAGUUAGCACGUGCUCUAGCAAGGCUGCCUCAGAGAGUGAUUUGGAGGUUUUCAGGAAACAAACCAAGAACUUUGGGCAACAAUACCAAGCUUAUAGAAUGGCUACCACAAAAUGACCUUCUUGGUCAUUCUAACAUUAAAGCUUUUCUUAGCCACGGGGGUUUGAACAGCAUUUUUGAAACCAUGUACCACGGAGUCCCAGUGGUGGGAAUUCCCCUUUUUGGAGACCAUUAUGAUACUAUGACUCGUGUGCAGGCCAAAGGCAUGGGAAUAUUGCUGAACUGGAAGACAGUCACUGAGAACGAGCUGUAUGAAGCCCUAGUAAAAGUGAUUAAUGAUCCCAGCUACCGCCAGCGGGCCCAACGGCUGUCUGAGAUUCACAAAGACCAACCUGGUCACCCUGUUAACCGGACUGUGUACUGGAUUAACUACAUCCUCCGCCACAACGGAGCCCAACAUCUACGUGCCGCUGUUUACAGCAUCUCUUUGUAUCAGUAUUUCUUACUGGAUAUUGCCUUUGUCCUACUAGUGGGUGCUGCCUUACUUUAUUACAUUUUGGCUAGGAUAGCAAAAUUUGUCUGCAAACAAAGCAAACAGCUCUGGUCAAAUGACAAACAUAGUGCUGUCAAUGGACAUUACCAGAAUGGGAUCCCAAAUGGCAAGUAUAGAAGAAAUAGCCACAUUAAACAUGAAAAAAAGGUGAAAUGAACCAACAGCCCCAUGUAAAGUAGUCCUGAAUCAGAUCAGUAAUCGAAUUUUAUCGCUGUAACUUAGUCUAACAACUACUUAAAAACCUCGAUAAGCAGUUCUAACACUCCCCUUCAGUAUGUAAUAUUAUGUGACAAGAUUCUACGGAACUAAGAAAAGUCUUUUAAGAAACAGCAUAGGCAAGCACAACCUAAAAUGGAACAUAUGUUAUUCUUAAUACUGAUGCAGAGAGGUUAUUUUGGCACUGAAGUUUUUAGAAGCCUUAAUUCUCUAUAAAGUUAUCCAGUGAUCAUAUUUAUGGAUUUUUUCCCCCCAGUUUUUAAAAGCUAAAUGUGUGUCCCCAUGAGAAGAGAUUUCUUUUUACUUGCAGAGUUGGGUUCCCUCCCCCACCUUUUUUAUUGUUUUAAUAUAUCCCUCUCUUAGCUGAGAGAACUUUAGUGCUAAUUCUGUGUUUUUCUUUAUUGAAAAUCCAAGAUGUUGUGUCAGGAUGCUGUUAAAAAAUAUUUUUUUCCCCCAGUCUUUGUGCAAAAAAUAGCAAGUUGCAGACUGAGAACAGAGACAUGAAAAAAAAUCUUCAAAUGAGCACUGAAGAAAAGUGGCAAAAAAUAGGUACUUGUUUUACUGAUAAGCUGCAUGACUCUUCUGCUCACUACCAGUGCAUUGGAGAAAAGGAUCUCGAGUAAGACUAUGACAUGUCCUAAUUUGUAAUGGGUGCAGAAUUUUAUUUGUUGCCUUUCUCUGCAGAGACAAAUUUAUGCCAUGGAAAUAUCAGCAAGGUUAAUUUCAGUUUAGAACAUGGCUGUGUGGGAAGUAGAUUUGCAUAAUUAAGGCAAACAAAUGACACAAACAGGCACAAGAAGAAGAAAAUCUAGCCCUGUGCUCAGUGCAGAAGGUUUUGUAAUGGCCCAAAGCUGUGCAGAAUCAAACCAGUAUGACAAAAAAAACCACCCAAACACCCCCUCCAACCCCAGAGUUGAAUGUCUUCCCUAUUAAUUCUCAUCACUAUUAUUGAGUUCUUUCUAAAUCACGAUGUUGUAGAUGUUCUCUUUCAAUGGUUGUAUCUGGAAAAGAAACAAAAUUACCUUUAUUAGUCUGGGCCACGCAAUCCAUGUUUCACGUAGUUGCCAAUUCGACUUCUCUGACGCGGGAGGUGGGUAAGCAGCCUUCCUCCUGUGGUGUGACGGGACGUGUGGGCCGAAGCCUGGCCACCCAGGUUUGCAGAGGUGGUCGUGUCCUGUCCCCCCUUUGCCCUGCUGUAGCCCCUCCCUGCAACAAUCUCCUUCAAUCAUUGUCGCUGACGUGGGACACUGGCGGUGGUGUGCACCAAGGUGGGGAGGCAGGGCACCAGGCAGAAAAUCACACCUGCCCUGCUCAACCAACGUUGGCAACUAUGAGUUUAUUUCCAUGUCAUUCUGUUUACUUGGAAUUUGCACUACACAUGUUGUGAGUGUAUGCUUUAUUUAUUUGUGGUUUGAAAUCCCAUGCCUGAAAGAGAAAGGGAAGGAGCCCAUUUAGCUUAGUGUCGUUCACUAACAUGGGAAGAGCUGUGAUGAGGACAGGAUGCUGAGAUCAUCUUCAUACACAGUGAUGCAAUAUUUCACUAUCAUUCCAUCAGGAGCCUCUAUCCUAUAGCAAUAAAUAACAGUACAGAUAUGUUUCUAAUGUACAGUACAGCUUCUUGUACUGUUUUCUGAAUACUUGAAGAAAAUGGUAUUAUAAAUAAGCCUAUUAGCUAAACCUUUUUACAAUCUUGCAGUUUGUGGCAACUAAAGGAGCACACAGAGGCGAUGAAUGGUGGGGUGGUAUUAAGAACUUCGAGUGUAUGAAUGAACUUGGUUUAAAUGUAUAAUUCUUUAUUAUUUUUUUGGCAUUGAAGAAGGUACAAAAGCACUGACCGGAUGAUUAAGCAUAAUUUAAUCUCCACUGUGAUAAAACUUAAGCAAUAAACAUGGAUUUAAUAGAGAAAUAA